UACUAAAUAUUCUAUGGUAAAGCUCCGAUAGACCACCGUCUUUCUCUUCAUCAACCACGGCGUCUUGCGCCCGGCGUUUAUGAAGUGAAGAGACCAAUAUGGAUGAGGAGGAUUAUGUUAUGGAGGACUCGGUAGUGAACUCAACAGAGGUGAAUGGGAACCGCCCAGAGAGCACCGUGGAUCCUACCAUGAUUACCCUGCAUGCGAAAAAAGAUCGACUCCCAAUCCUUAGUCAUACUGAGCCAGUGCGGGGUUCUUCAAGACUUGCUUUCCCAAACGAAUCUCUAGAGCAUCCAUUUGCAUUGGGCGCUGCUUCCGCAGGUCUUAGCUCGGAUUCGCUCCAAGACUCAUCGUCAGAUGAAAUGGACCUUACAUCCCCGACACCCUCGAAUGUUCAAGUGCGGAUACCCCCUCCGCCUACAUAUCCGCCACUCCGCUACUCCUCUUCCAAGACUGGAGUCGUCUACGAUCCACGAAUGCGGUUCCAUUCUGAGCCCGAUGAUAUGAUCAGUAGGCCUGAUGAUAUCCAUCCAGAGGAUCCCCGUCGCAUUUAUGAAAUUUUCCAAGAACUUCAGCAAGCAGGCCUUGUUCCAGGCGACGAUGAGUCCGAAGAGGACACCGACCCCCAUCAGUGUUGGCGAAUUGAAGCGCGGCCUGCUAUUAGGGGUGAAAUCUGCUUAAUACACACACCAAAACACUACGAGUUCAUUAGGGGGCUUUCCGACAAGACAUUGGCUGAGCUUAUUGCGCUUGGACACGAACAUGACUCCAUAUACUUCAACGAAAGCACAUUUGCUUGUGCAAAGCUAGCCGUUGGUGGCGCCAUCGAAGCUUGCAGAGCCGUAGUCAGAGGUGAUGUGAGGAAUGCAAUCGCUAUAAUACGCCCGCCAGGCCAUCAUGCCGAGUCAGAGGCCCCCUCUGGGUUCUGCAUUUUCAACAACGUUCCUAUCGCGGCCCGCGUCUGUCAGAAAGACUUUCCUGAUAAAUGCCGAAAGGUUCUAAUCCUAGACUGGGACGUACACCACGGGAACGGCGUUCAACACGCAUUCUACGAAGACCCCAACGUUCUGUACAUUUCCCUUCACGUGUUCAAGAAUGGCACAUUUUAUCCGAAUCUUCCAGACGCGGAUUAUGAUUACUGUGGCGAAGGCCAAGGUGUUGGUAGAAACGUGAACAUUCCAUGGGAGGACCAUGGCAUGGGUGACGCUGAGUACAUGUAUGCCUUCCAACAGGUCGUCAUGCCCGUCGCAACCGAAUUCGACCCUGACCUAGUUCUCGUAUCUGCUGGAUUCGACGCUGCAGAGGGUGACGUUCUCGGCGGUUGUCACGUUACGCCAGCUUGUUAUGGCCAUAUGACACACAUGCUGAUGAGUCUGGCGGAAGGAAAAAUUGCUGUUUGCCUCGAAGGAGGCUACAACCUACGCUCCAUCGCGAGAUCGGCCCUCGCCGUUACUAGGACACUUAUGCUUCAACCGCCAGACCGUCUGGACGAAGACAUUGGCUCCCCGAAUGAUAGCUGCGUUCGGACGAUCGAACUAGUGAAACGCGAACAGUCAAAGCACUGGAAAUGUUUUUACCCGAAAUAUCUAAACAAGCACGAUCCUUCUUUCUUUGCCACCCAACGUUUACACGAAGUAAUACGAGAAUGGCAGAGUAAAGUCCUGGGAGAUGAGCACCAAAUGACGCCUUUGGCGAUUCGGCGACCAUUGAUAGCGGAGACCUUUGAACACAAUGUCAUCGCGACACCUCAAUUCAUGGAACGCCGGCCGCUUCUAGUUAUUUUCCAUGAUCCUCCAGAAUUCAUGAACUUGGCCGACGCUGUGACUGGCAAGACAGACCUUCAUAAUUCUUGGCUUACUGAUGUUGUCAAGUCCUACAUCGAUUGGGCCAUCAAGAACGACUUCGAAGUGAUUGACGUAAACAUUCCUAAAGUAGUGGCCAUUGAAGACGACGAUGGUGGCUACAUUAGGGCAGACAGCAAAGAAGUUCGUGUUAGCCAGACGAGAGAAUUGGCGGGCUAUCUAUGGGAGAAUUAUAUCGAGCCGAAUGAUGCGACGCAGGUUUUCUUGAUGGGAGUUGGCCCUGCAUAUCUAGGGCUGUUAGACCUCCUUAGCAAUAGUGAAAAUUGCACGGAGGCCGACAGUGUUAUCCAGUGCUUAAUAGGAUUCGUUGCUGAUACCGUGAUUCAAUCAAUCAAGCGUGCCACGGACGAUAAUAUUGCGAGCUGGUAUUACAAUCACUCUCUAGUCUUCGUCGCGUCCACACACCACGUCUGGGAACCUACUCGACAGCGGAAGAUACGCAAGAAGUAUGGAAAGCUAAAGAAGUCUCAAUGCAAUAAUCUCAACGAGAUGCUAGUUGAGCAUCAGGAUGAAGUAAAAGAAUACCUACUUCGAAAGAAGAGCGAGUUUGAAGAAUCAGAAAUGGAGACUAAACUUGCUGACGACAUACGGUCAGGUCUGAGAAGCCCCCCACUACCCUCCGGAAGCAACACACCAAGGCCCAACAACGUGGAGGCUCGACCAGGAAGUGUGCCAGCUUCGCUCAGAAGUCCAAAGAUGCCUCAAGUAGGAUAUUUUACGGUAUCGAAUAGCCCUCGUAGUCCUCGAAGUCCAAUGAAGAGGACUUUCUGAAGUCGGUUGGCACAGUUUGAUAUUUCUGGAAUGGCUCAUAACUUUUGCAUGGGAAGGUGUUUGAUGUUCCGAAAGUCGCUUGGUGGGGAGCCGUUAAGUGUCGAUUAGCCGAUUUUUGAAUAAAUGGUUCUGCACGACAGGCGCUUACGCGUAGGAUGACUUUAUCCCGCCAAAGGGU